UUGCAGAUUCCACCACUCCACCAGAAUCCUCAGACGACUCCUGUUCCGCAAUCAGUCCAAUCUCCAUCACCUCAAUGCUUAAAUCAGUGUGGUACUGGCUGUCAACAAAGUUGCCUUCAACGAAAUCCCCAGCCUCAAGAAGGAUGUAAUAGAAGCUGUGCUAACACAUGUAACUACGUCUGUGCAUCCUCUCCUCUCUCUCAAAUGACGGCCACGGAUGUGUCAAUCUAUCCUGUACGACUUGAUCCAAGAGAGAGGUGUUCUUCUGAAUGUCAGUCAGUCUGCCAAAUAGUAUGUAGAACUCAGCUCACGGCAAGGAAGUGCUUUGAUUCAUGUGCGCCUCAAUGUGAGAGAGUUUGUGAAGAGCCUGUUGAUUUUUCGCAACAAUCUACGGUCCGACUUUGCCCUUGUACAGUUACCUGA